AUGGCGUUUACGGCGACUAGACUGGUCUCUUUCACUAUCCUGUGGAUUCUCGUCCUCUUCGUCACACUUGCUCUCAUACAGGUUAAAUUGGCUGAUGUUGCGGAUCCUACUGUCAAUGGGAAGAUCGCUGAUGCUAAGCUCAAUCAUGUGGGAGAGGAUUUAGAGGAAGUCACACACAAAGUUUACUUUGACAUUCAGAUCAAUGGUACACCAUCAGGGCGCAUUCUCAUCGGCCUUUUUGGGAAGACAGUUCCUAAAACUGCAGAGAACUUUCGAGCACUUUGCACGGGAGAGAAAGGAGUUGGAAACAUGGGGAAACCUCUUUACUUCAAAGGAAGCAGCUUCCAUAGGAUCAUUCCUAAGUUCAUGAUUCAAGGUGGAGACUUUACUCGAGGCGAUGGAAGAGGUGGAGAGUCAAUCUAUGGCGAUAAGUUUCCAGAUGAGAAUUUCAAACUCAAACACACCGUGCCAGGAGUUUUGUCAAUGGCCAAUUCGGGACCUGAUUCAAACGGUUCACAGUUCUUCAUCACAACAGUCACCACGAGUUGGUUGGAUGGACAUCACGUUGUGUUUGGGAAGGUGUUGUCUGGGAUGGAAGUGGUGCGCAAGAUCGAAGCUCAGGGACAAGAGAGUGGAGUGCCUAAAGUAAAAGUUAUCAUUUUGGACAGUGGAGAAUUGCCUUUGUAA